AUGAACAAAAUCACCUGCAGUCACAUUUACUACUGGCAGCCAUUCUAUGCCCACGAGGAAAGCAAGCCUUCAGAAGAAGCCAACACUGUUGAUAUAAGAAUGCCCUGCCGUCAUCACCCAACCCCACGGCCACCUCCUUGCCCUCUGCUACGCUGUCUGGCCACUGGCCUUGGCAAGCGGACUUUCUCUGGGGCUCUGAUCCUUGUCAGUGUUCUAAGCCGGAUGCAGGGGAGGUAUUUGUUCAAAGGAGUCACUGUUACAGCCUCUCAGCAUGAAGGACCACUGUAUCUGGUGCAGUCUCCUUCUCUGACUGCUGAGCCUUCAAUCAAUCAACAACUCUUUAUUGAGCUCCUACUAAACGCUCAGUGCAGUGCCCAGUCUAGCCUCUGCGUUCAGAAAGAGUCCCUGGAAACCAGACAGAUGGCGUUUACUUUGGCACAGCUCGAGGCCUUGGAGAUUUGUCUGAAGGAAGCAGAAGAAAAGGCUAAAGUCUUAUCCGAACAGCUUGCAGCCUCUGAAGGAACAAAAUCAAAGCUGCUUGAACAAGUUUCCUGGCUGGAGAAAAAACUAGAGGCUCUGGACCAAAAGGAGGACAGUGGGGAACCAUAUGAAAAAAUGGUCCUUGAAAAAGACCAGUGUAUUGAAAAAUUACAAGCUGAAGUGAAAGCUUCCCAGCAGCAACUUGUAGACUAUAAACUAAAGCACCAAAGGAAACUGGAAAAGCUACAAACUGAUUUGGCAACAGCUAAGCAAGAGGCUGCCAUCACAGUCCUGGAACUCAAUGAGAAGAUAAAGACUCUAUGUGAAGGAAAGCCAGCCCCUAGAGAAGACAGCUCACUGGAAGAGUGCUAUGGUGGUCUCCCGCCUGUGGAAGAAGGUGACCGAAAAAUCAACCUGAUUGUGGAGUUGUCGACCCAGGUUUCCCAUCAGACUGAGAAGAUCACUCAGCUGGAAGAAAUUUUAGAAGAAAAGGAAAGGAAGAUUCAGCAGCUGGAAGCCGAGCGGGAGGCCCAUCCUUUCCCAGAGGUCAAAGACUCUCCAGAAUGUUUACAAGAGGCCCCAAUUUUCUUUAGUAAUAGCGUCACUCCUGUGGUCUAUGACGAGGAUAUUUAA